UGGAGGCGGUAGAUUAACGUGGAUGAACACUUUACUGUAAAGCGGGCUGUUUAUAGCUGUUAGCCGUGGUGUUCUUCUAGUUACCUACCAAUGGACUUUUUGAAUUGGCUCAGUGGGUUGAAAGGAGAUUCUAACAAUGAUAAUCAGUUAGACUUUUCCUUCUUGUUUCCUGCAACCAUUGGGGUAGGAUCAAUUGUCAUUUGCCUUGUUGCCCGCUACCGGAAUGAGUUAUUCAAUUUAAAAUCGACAAUACACCGAAAUACAAAAGAUGAGAACGUUUCUUCACGUCGGGCCAAUUCCCACUCCAAUUUUAAAAAGAAACCUAAACAUUCCAACAAAUCUGAACCAAAUACUUCUCAAACUGGAAAAAUAGAAAAUCCACCACCACUUACGGUUGAAACGCUAACUCCAGUCGUACCUGUUCAACAAACAGAAUGUGCACUGAUUCAGCCUGUUCAAAUUAAACAAGAAACAAUAAUUGAGGCUACUGAUGGAAUUGAAGCUGAGUUCUUCAACCCUGUUUCGAAGAAACAGAAAAAAUCUAAACGUUCAUCUAAGACGAAAGAUACACAAAACCAUGGUUUAAACGAACAAACUGAAAUUGAUCCGGCGUGGGUUACAGUCAUCUCAAAAAAGGUAAAACUUUCCAACCGAAAUACUCAGAAGAAAAAGAAUGUGGAUUUUGAAGAUCAAUCAAUUCCGGAAAAUUGCUCACCCUCGAUUCCUUUUAUUGAAUCACCAUCCAAAAAUAAUAAACAAGCAAACAAUAAGCAACACGAACGAUCCACUAGCAUAAAUAAAUCUGGCUCUUCCGUUGUGGAAAAUAAGUCGAUGAAUUUAGAACUGCACACAGACCAAUCACAUCCUACUGAUCAGUUAAAAGCUCCUGCUCAAAUCCAACCUAUAAAACCGGAGCAUAAUGAGAAUACAAAGUUGAGUAGCGUAAAUUCAAAUCCUUCAACAUCUUAUGAAGAGUUGUUGUACAAAAAUCUUGGUGCUGAAACAGUGACAGCCAUCCGAUCACUUAUUCUGAAUAGUGAAGCCCAUACAUCACGUCCUGCUGAAACCUCUCCUUCAUGUGAUGGAAUAAGUAAACAAAAAACAACGUCUGCAUCUUCUAAAGAUACAAAUCAUCUCCCUUCAACAAGUGAACUCUUAUCACAGCAUCUGACAGCCCAAUUAGAAGCUAAAGAAGCUGAAUGUCAGAUUUUACGUACUGAAGUUGUUCAUUUAAGAGAUGAAGUAAAAAUACUUAAAACUUUAGCUGUCAAUCGUGUACCGGUUCAAAAGUCUACAAUUGAUGCUGAAACUAUGACUGAUCCAAUUGAAUCACCUGAUGUCAAAUCCUCACUUCCUCCUCAACAGUCGACUGAUUCAGAUGCAGUUCUACUGUCGACUCUUCAAAAUGAAAUUGCCCGUUUAGUUAAAGAAGUGGUUAUCUAUCAACAACGUAGUGAAAAUUUGAAGAGUCGUUUGGAUACAGCCAACAAGAAACUAUCCGAUUCAAAGUCUAAAGCCGCUGAUGAAACUAAACUACUCCAGCAAACUUUAGAUUCACAAUCGGAGAAGUUAUACAAUCUCACGUCUGAGAAUAGUCGUUUAGAAAAAGAAUUGAAUGAUAUGCUACAGAAAGCUGAAAUUCAUCAUCGAAAAUCUGAGGAAGCUGAACACAAACUCACUCAGCGUUUGGAAGAACUGGAAGUACUCCGAGUAGACAAUUCAUCUUUAAAGAAAAAAUAUGAAACAUUGGAAAAUGAAAACCGUGUAAUUCGUGAAGAAAAAGACAUGCUCACACGUAAAUGUGACGAAUUAAGUAAUAAACAAUCUAGUAUUCUCUCUGAAUUAACUGCAUCUCAAUCACAAUGUAAUGUACUACUUAGACAAAUCACUGGUUAUGAUGAACGUCUACGUCAAGUGAAUGAUCAACAUCAAUUGGUUGUUGAUGAUAUGAAAAAUCAAUUAACCUCAUUAUUGUGUAAUCAUGAAACAAAAGAAAAAUCUCAUAUUAACAUGAUUAAUACAUUAGAAACAAAAUUAGACCAAUUAACUAGCGAGAAUAAUGAACAGAAUAAAUUAAUCAAAUUAUAUGAGAGUGAAUUAGAACAUUUACGUAUGAUGGAAAAAGUUAAACUUGUUGAAAAAACCAAUGAAGAUAGAUUUAUGCAAACUGUUGAUCAACAUCAAAAUAAUGAUUCUUCCCAAAUUAAUGAUACCAAAUCAACCAAUCCGGAUCAUGAAGAAACUAUGCCUAAAAUGAAUGAUCGUACAGAUCAAACGCAAUCCGAUCAAUUCAUUGUUCAAUCCGAUGAAUAUAAAUUAUUACAAACUCAAGUUGAUCAUUAUAAGUCAGCAUUAGAUGCCACAGAAUUAAUGUUGUCUAAAUUACAAACUUCUGUGGAUGAAGAAGAAGCACGUUGGCAUAAAGCAUUGGAUGCUGCAACCAUUGAAAAUGAACUGUUAAAAACAAAAUCAAUUAAACUUGAAGCAGCUUUGAAUGAAUUAAUACAAGAUCGCAAUAAUCUGACAAUGACUAUUGAAGAGCUUCGUAAAAACAGUCCAUCUAAUAAUUGCAAUUCAGAUGAAACUUCCAUUGAUAAUUCUCUAGCAGCAUCGUUUAGUACAGAAAAGAAAAUGAACAAAUCGUCAUCCAUUUCACCUUCACCGUCAUCAUCAUCAUUAUCACCGCUAUCAACAACGGCGACAGCAACAACAACAACAACAACCGAUGAUACUGAUGAACAAAACAUGUCCAAAUCUGAACUGAUUCAUUUAGUUGCUAAAUUACGUUAUCUUAUUGAAGUGGAACGUAACACCGCCUUAAAACAAAAACAAUCAUUAUCAGCGGAAUUACAAACAAAAUUAGAUGAAACUAAUUCACAAAAUGAACAAAAUUAUAAUUAUGCAAAUAAUAAUUGUUCAGAAGAGAUCAUGAGCUCAAUUAAUAACAAUUACACAGAAACUACAGAAAAUGUCACCAAUCAUCAACAUCAACAUCAUAAUGUGGAUCAUUAUACUAAUGGAGAAACCAAUUGUUGUUUGAAUAAUCAUUCAAAAAAUGAUCUACUUGAAACUCAUGAAGAUGUUAACAAAUCGGAACAUAUAACCAAUUCAUAUGAUGUAAUAUCAUCUAAAGUUCCUGAUUGCAUUCCUCAACAUGAGUUGUCAUCCACAAAUGAUAACAGUGGUUACAUUCUUCUAUCCAAUGGUGAUAUACACAAAGAAUUAAAUGGACAAGUUAAUCAUGAACAAAUAGUUAGUAGUGAUAAUACUAAUACUAAUACUAAUAAUAAUGCCAGUGAUGAUUGA